AUGGGCCACGGCAUCGGAGCCAUCAAAGCUGCCGGACUACAGCUGUUCGCCGCUGCCUGUGCACAGGCAGGAUAUGCAGCACUGGCAUUCGACUACCUGCACUUCGAAUCGAGUGAUGGCCAGCCGCGCAAUCUGAUGAGCGUGCCCCAAGAGCUGCGGGAUUUCCGAGACGUCAAUGCGUUGGUUCGAGAACAUCCGGAUCGAUUCGAUGAUCAUCAACUGGCUGCUGGAAUCGCGCAGUGUCCGUGUGUGGAUGGAUUCGCGUCGAGUUUGCAGGUUCCGCUCUUUCACGUCGCUGCGAAUGCCGGUUCCGGCAACGUUUGA